AUGGAGAGUUUUUCGAUAGCUGGUGCAUAUUGUGGAUUCACAAACAAGGAAACUCGUUAUUAUAAAGGGAGCUUUUCUUAUUGGUGUGGGUCAAAAGGAGGAAAGUGGUGGGAGGGACACAGGAAUGGGACAACAUGCUCUGGGUGCGGUGGUAAUUGCACAGCGGAGUGGAACAAUUAUGCGUAUGGGUUCACCUUCAGGAGGAGUGUGUCAGAAAUAUUGUGGAAUAAUGGGACUGCUAAGGCACUGCCCCCAGGUAUCUUCCUGAUUUGUGCCGAUAGGGCAUGGCAAGGUGUACCAGCUAAUCCUCUAGGAGGUCCAUGUUACUUGGGGAAGUUAACGAUGUUUGCUCCAAAUCAUACGGGUUGGCUUAAUAUAUCUCGUUUUCUACAUCCUCGUAGGUGUCACCGCGAUGUGAGUCCGGGACCUGAGUGUAACGAUGAUGUUAAGUUGUGGAGUGUCACAGCACAUAUCUUCGCGUCGAUUUUUGCGCCAGGAGUCUCAGCAGCGGCGGCUUUGACCCAAAUAGAAAGAUUGGCAUGUUGGUCUGCAAAACAGGCCAAUACAACCACGCUUGUGUUAAAUGCUAUGCUUGAAGAUCUUAAUAGUGUCCGCCAUGCACUGCUACAGAAUAGAGCAGCUAUUGACUUCUUGCUGUUGGCUCAAGGACAUGGGUGUGAGGAUGUCGAAGGAAUGUGCUGCUUUAACCUCAGUGGUCACAGGAUGUCGAUUCAUAAACAACUACGAUGGAUGCAAGAACAUACACAGAAGAUUAAAGAAGAGAGUGAUCCCUUUGGGAAUUGGCUGAACAGACUGUUUAGGGGAGUGGGUUCAUGGUUAAAGCAAUUGCUUAAGGUUUUUGUGAUAGGGCUUGCAAUCUUUGUAUGUAUUCUGAUCUGUCUUCCAUGCUUUGUAGGAUGCUUGCAGAACUCCUUGCAAUGAAUGAUGGAAAAGACUUUUGACCAUCGGAUUGAGUAUCACAGACUGUGUGAAAGGUUGUAGAAGGGUGUAGGUUGUUGCGUUCGUGCUGCAACGGGGCAAGGCUUGGCCGAGCGCGGGGAGUCAGGUUAUGAGGGCAAAGGACUCCCUGUUGCUCUGAUGUUUUCUUAAAGGAUUGCAGUAAAAGAGUAGUAGAAAUAGUUUGCUGAAAUGUAUUUAGGAUUAGAUGCUUUGCAUUGCUUCGCGAUGUACGGGUUAGACGUAUGUAAGUAGUAUUUAGCUUAGGGAGGGGGAGAUGUUGUAGUAGGCGUUUUGCGGGGUUACGGGAUGUACAGGACAGGCUUCUCCCUAAGCAUAGUGAGACGGUGCUAUUGUGCUCUAACAGACUGACCUUGCUGCCGAGAAAACAAGAAAGAGGAAGGAUGUGAAGGAAUGAGGAAGCAACUAAAUAAGGCACGAUGUUAUCCAGUGCGAACCAAUCAGGGCAGAACAUGACGGCACAGUUGCUUAAGUUAAAAUAUAUAAGCUGUGCAUAGUAGUGAAUAAAUACCAUUUUACUGCUCAUCAUAUUGGUGUACGUUUGCAGUCAUUUGGCCCUGACCAGGUAGUUGGCCAGUACGUGCUAGGGCUAACACAGGAUGCUAACAUCACAGUUGCUGAAGGCAACACCUGUGUACCUCAGGCAUUAAUGUAGGUUGCACUUUGAGGCCAGACCUUAAGAAAUAAUAUUUUGCAACAUCUAGAGGUGCGGUGCUCCCAGUCCCUCAUCCAGAAAGCAAAAGUGGUUAAUAUCCAUUCAAGCCUGUUUAGUUCCUUUCUUUUGAAGCAUAUUUUUAAUAUAAUGAAGCUUCUCAUUCUGCAGAGCAGGUAGGGAGUGAUUCAAUAUAUAAAUUCUUUUGAGACCUAAAUUGCUUUAUUGACAAAUACCAAUGGCCAAUUGAAAUGUCCUUGGGGAUCUCUACCAUUUUCUCUUGUAUGUUAUGAGGAUUUAGGAUUUUGUUUGUGUGUUCUCACCCCAAGUGGAAUAGUAGAAUGCACAACAAAGUGAGCUCGACAGGGGCAGCUACCCCAUGAGGAACAUAUGACUAUUCCUUAAACAGACAGCACCCUAUUAGAUAUUUAUUUUACAGUUUUUCUUUACAGUGACAGUGGAGUACUUCUCCCCAGUACAUAAUUUUCAUGUCAUCUAUUUGAUAUGUAAUACAGUUUCUCGGGAUUGCUAAUAUUCAGUUGAUUAAUUAAAGAGAUAUCACUGAAAAGAACCUUCUUUUCUCUAUGACCUGGCAACUGACUGCUAGAAGGAAAGAAAUGUGUGGCUUGAAUGUGAAAAUUACCAACUGAAAAGUUUUAUGCAAUUGCCUUGACAGAAUUAUAUGAAGGUAAUCCCUCAAGCAAGUGUUACUUUUCUUGCUGUUCCCCAAUCUUAUCUAUUACUCUUUUAAAAAAUUGUUUUUUCUAUUUUUUUAUUCUUUUUUACUGUUGCACCCAGAGGCUGCACCAAGAUUGAAGGCUGUUGCAUUAACAAGGCGAAAACAAAUCCUACAAUGUCCAAAUCAGACAGGCUAUUUUGAUGAACAAUUGCAUUUCUCAUUUGAAAUAGAACAGAGUAGGCCAGACAAAGAUCUUACCACUUCUUCUCCUUAUUUUCUUUAAAAUUUCUUCCUCACAGUUAUUAAUUAGAAGCAAUUUCAAAGCUUGAGAUGGAGUGUCUAUUAUUUUUAUUUUUCACUUCCAACCAGCUUAAAUAGAAAAGUUCAAAUAAAAGUUUAUAAGCUGCUUGUUAAGACUUGGCCUGUAGUGCUUACAGUGCCAGAUGUUUAAAAACCAUUUGGAUGUGGUGCUCAGGGACAUGAUUUAGUGAAGGGUUGUUAGAGUUAGGGUGGUAUGGUUAGGUUGUGGUUGGACUUGAUGAUCUUUAGGGUCUUUUCCAACCUGAGCAGUUCUAUGAUUCUGUGAUUCUAUGUCGCUAUGAGACACUUGUUCUUCCAUUCUCUCCUCCUCAUGAGUGUAGAAGAGGAAUGUAAUAAUUCAGAACUGACCCCAGGUCCAUCUUUUUAGACAUACUAUAUAUGAGACUAUUAUUGCAAUGGCUUAGGAUUUUGCAGUAUUUAAUAAAUCUGAGCUCAAAACUCCCCAGAGGUUUAGAGUAGUAAUUCUUAAUAAUGUUCCACAGUUUCCCAUACUGUCAUCCCAAAUUCUGUUAAAAUCUUCAAAUUAAAACUUGAGGACUGAUAACAAAAUAUUCCUCUUUUCCAAAUAUUAGUACUGAAAAGGAAUUUCCAAAUAUGAAUAACAAAACAUUGAAUAAAAAAUACAAAUUCUCCAAAGGAAUGUGGGCAGAUGUGGAUGCAAGCUUUAUAUGCCACAUGAUAGAGUAUCCAGCUCUCAGUCUUAAGUCCAUGUUUUUACACAGUUACAUUUUUUAAUCUAUAAGAUAGUCUCACGAUGUUUGGGAAAAGCUCCUUACAGUAGUGAAUAUGGGCAUGAUGGCUUUUAGGUAGAUUUUUGAGCCUGUCUGUCUGAGGGCCAGGAAUGAAAAAAAGUCUGUCUGAGGGCCAGGAAUGAAAAAAGAUAUAACUGUAAAGCCUGAUUAACGUGGCCAAAAUGAGAUGUGACUAGGCAGAGAUGGGAUAAAACCACAGUGAUAUCAUAGGAAGAGGUGUGUGAACCAGGGAAAUGGAGCCAAUGAGAAUGAAUGAAUAGGAGUGGUUCAGUAGGAGCUUUGUCAGUUGGUGAGGAUGGAUUCUGCUGAAUUUUGGAUCAGUACCAUAAGAGCAGGAAAAGGGGAGAGUAUGAAAGAACAAUUAAAGAGAUAAGAAGUCGAUUAAGGAGAACUAGAAACAUUAAAAGUUAUAUCCUUCUUAUUUUCUCAGAGUGUAUCUGCUAUAAAAUAUUUCAAUUUACCAUUUGAAAAGAGAAUAUGGUAGAUUAUAAUUCUGUUUCUAUGCAUUCUGCUUCCAAAAAAGUUUCCUUUAAUUGAGCACCAAAGAUACUUAACAAAAUAAAAUUAACUUAAUGUUGUGCUA